AUGGACAUUCAAGAGAUAUUGAAGAAGCAGCAAGCGUCUGAUCAGCAGCAGAUUAAGCCGAAAUUCCUAUCUAAAUCUCAGAGAGAAGCCAUCGCCCUGGAGAAGCGCAACAAGGAGCACGCAGAAAAGCAAGAAAAGCUCAAAAAGCAACAAGACCAAAAGGAGGAGAUGGACAGGAGACUUCUCGGCGCUUCUCGUGAGGUUUCUCUUGAUAAGGAUGACCGAACCGGCAGAGAUAAAGCAAAGAGAGAUCGUCCAGCUUCCCCACCACCUCCACCAGAUGACAACAUUUCAUCACAAGAAAUCCAGGCUAUCAAGGCCAGCUAUCUGGGGGAGAAGGAGAAGCGCAAGAGGAAAAGCAGAAAAGUUGCAGAGGCUAAGCGUAUGAACUUUGAUUGGGACGAGGAAGAAGACACAGAAUCAAACGCUCUAUCAAACGCUGUAUCGAGGGAUAUCAGACCACCUCCGCCAACAUCCUCUACAGGCAAAGAUCAGCAGCAGUUUGUCGAUCACAUUGAGCUCAGACAGGCUAAGAGACACGGAUACGAUUCUCGCAACUGGCGCGAAAAGGAGCUGUCUCAAAUGACAGAGAGAGACUGGAGAAUCGUUAAUGAGGAUUUCAAUAUAAGUGCGAGAGGGGGACAAAUACCAAAACCUCUGAGAAGCUGGCACGAGAGUGCCAUACCUGGUGAAAUACUGGACAUUAUUCACGAGAUUGGUUAUAAGGAUCCAUCGCCCAUUCAAAGACAGGCAAUUCCAAUUGGUUUGAAUAGCAGGGAUCUUAUCGGUAUAGCUGAAACUGGUAGUGGUAAGACAGCGUCCUUUGUCAUUCCAAUGAUGAACUACAUCAGCAGGCAGCAGCCGAUCAGUGAACAUAACUACCAUCUGGGUCCUUAUGCAUUGAUAUUGGCUCCUACGCGUGAAUUAGCGCAGCAAAUUGAGUCAGAGACAAAGAAGUUCUCUGGCCCGAUGAGCUUCAAAUGUCUGUCGCUGGUCGGUGGUAAGAGUGUUGACGAACAGUCUUUCAACCUGAGAACAGGUGCUGAAAUCAUCAUUGCCACACCCGGUAGGCUAAAAGAUUUGCUCGAAAGAUCGAUUAUUGUUUUGUCGCAGUGCAACUACCUGGUCCUCGACGAGGCUGACCGAAUGGUUGCGAUGGGUUUCGAGCAGGAGCUUAAUUUUAUCUUAGAGCAGAUGGGUACAGCUGAGGAAAACAUCCAGCGUCAGACAUUCCUCUACUCGGCAACGAUGCCUACUGCCGUCGAGCAUAUCGCGCGCAAGUACUUACGGAAACCAGCAGUCAUCAAUAUCGGUGGAGCAGGCCAAGCUGUCGAUACGGUCGAACAAGUUGUUGAGCUCGUCGACACUGAAGCGAAGAAGACGAAACGUCUCCUUGAUGUGUUGAACAGCGACAAGUACGCCCCACCAAUCAUCGUCUUUGUCAACCAGAAGAAGAGUGCAGAUGUGCUCUCGAAAGAACUCAACAAAGCUAGGUGGGAAUGUACAACGCUCCAUUCCGGCAAAACGCAGGAUCAGCGUGAGGAAGCAUUACAGUCACUGCGCGAUGGUGUCGUAUCUGUUCUCGUCGCUACUGAUUUGGCAGGUAGAGGUAUCGAUAUAGCAGAUGUGUCGCUCGUUUGCAACUACCACAUGGCAAAUAACAUUGAAUCAUAUAUCCACAGAAUCGGUAGAACUGGUAGAGCAGGCAAGAAAGGGAAAGCAAUCACAUUCGUAACACCGCACGCUGAUGAUGAAGUUAUGUAUGAUCUUAAGCAGGAGCUGGAUAAGAGUCCUAUCUCUCAGACACCUCGCGAUCUUGCCACUCACGAGUUCGCUCAGAGGAGGAUAACCCGUCAGAUGAAGAAGGAUCAGCAAAGAGAGCAAGAAGCGAACGAGAUGGGCAUAGAUAAUUUCGUCAUUGCUUUGAUUAGCGCCACCAGGAUGCCACUGAAAGAAGCCAAUCCGAGGUCAAUCAAUGUCCAAUUCUCAGCCAGCGCUAUAGAAUCUCCUUCAUCAACCUACUUGGUGUUCAGCGAACCCUGGUGCCCAGAUUGUCGCAAUGUAGAUGAUAUCAUCAAAAAGACUUUCGAUAAGGAGAGCGCUCCUCUCGCUCAGAUUGUCAGAGUAGGCGACAUCGCCUCAUGGAAGUCGCCCACGAAUGUGUUCCGCACGCAAUGGAAUGUACAGAGCAUACCUACGAUAAUCCGAUACGAUAAUGUGGGUGCAUUGGACGUGCAAGGAUUGCAAGAAAUACAAGCUGACCAUGGGCUGCACCAGGCAACGGAGAUAGCAUCUGGCACCACUUUCGCUAUUUUCAAUAGUCUUGAAAAGUUAGAAUCCACAUGCUCUAUUCCGGAUUACCAUCCGCGAUCACCACGUGAGACGCAUCUUACAAAGCGAAUGAAGGAUGAUAGUUAUGGCGAGCUGAAUGCUGAAAUGUCAAGAGACCAGCUUUUGUAA